UAGGGUUUAUCAAAUUGGGAUCUCCAGCUCCCCCAAAUUCAAAUUCCACGGUAAGCUUCAACAUCCAAUUGUUAUUAUCUCUCACACAUACAUAUAUACAUACAUAUAUAUAUAUACGUAUCUGUGUGUAUUAUUAGAGAUUUAUAGGGUUUCAAAUGACUUGAAUUAUAUUAUCAAAAAACAAUUAAUGGUACUAUAAUUUGAAUAUGAGCCAUGGAGGUGAAAUCCAGUUGGAUACAUCAAAAAACCGAGCUGCUUCAGAUGAAUUCGGUAGAGCUAUAGCAAAAGUAGCCGUGACCCAGAUAUGCGAACGUGUCGGUUUUCAUAGUUUUAACGAUUCUGUUCUAGAUGCCCUUGCAGAUAUUGCCAUUAGGUAUGUUAAGGAUUUAGGGAAAACCGCAAAGUUUUAUGCGAAUGUAGCUAAUAGAACAGAAUGUAAUGUUUUUGAUGUAAUUCAAUGUUUGGAGGAUAUGGGUUGUUCGGUUGGGUUUCCUGGUGGCUCUGAAAGGUGUGAUAGUUUGGUUAGGUCGGGUGCGGUUAAGGAAAUUAUAGAGUAUGUUGAAGUAAGCGAUGAAUUUCCGUUUGCUCAGCCUGUUGCGAGUUUUCCUGUUGUUAGAGAUAUAAAGUUGAUGCCGAGUUUUGCGCAGAUGGGGGAGGUGCCAGAGUUUAAACAUGUGCCGGAAUGGUUACCAGCGUUUCCAGAUGCGCAUACUUAUAUACAUACGCCUGUUUGGAAUGAGAGGAAGUUGGAUCCUAGGUCGGAUAAAAUUGAGCUUGCUAGACAGAGAAGGAAAGCAGAAAGCUCGUUGUUGAAUCUGCACAAACGGUUAUUGUCUAGUGGUUCAGGUGAAACUUCUUUAAUCGAGGUUGGUAAUGGGAGUAAAAAGAGUCGGCUGAUUGAGGGAGACUCAAGUUUAGUUGUCUUGUCGAGUGACCAACGUGUGAAUGAAUCCAAUGGGGAAAAACGUGUUCCUUUAGUUGAGAUGUUUGCACCUGUAGUACAAGCUUUGAAUGGACAGGUUUCUGAGUCAGGAGACAAUGGAGAAAGAGAUUUUCCAGAUAAAAGGCCUGCAGUUCGUUUGCAUUUCAAUUAUGGUAGGAAAAUGAUUGGUGAUUCGUUGAAUUUGAGACUAUGGAAUAGGGGCACGGGAAGGAUUUCGUCUUGGUUUGGACGUGAUGAUGUUAUGGAUGAUAAGAAGAGGAGAGCUGAGUAUAUUCUCAGACAAUCCAUGGAGAACCGGCUCGACCUCUCUCAGCUGUAGAUGAUUUUACUGAAUUGCCCAUUGAUGACACACAUACCAUCUAACUUAUUUCAGAAAGGAAAAAUCUUCACUGAAAUCUAGACCCAUUUAGGUACUCUGUGUGAAUCUUAUACCCCGUAGUUAGUAGUUUCUCAUAGUUCCAACCUUCAAAUUGCAUCCAGAUUUUUGUAUUGUAGUUUGAUCUUGCAAAGAAAUCAUUUUUAACAAUUGAAUGAGUUGUUUCUGUUCAGGUUUUGUUUGGAGGAAGACACGUUUUAUGUGACUAUCUUGUUGUCUAUUUGAAUUAUGUUGUUGUGAAGUAUAAGGAUUUUAGUGGAAACUUCCACAAUUUAAUAAAGGCAAAUUUUCUAUGCA